AUGUGUGUGUGUGUGUGUGUGUGUGUGUGUGCGUGUGUGUUUCACAACAGCGCCCUGCCGGUGCGUGAACGAGGUCAAACAGUCACACAACCAUUUAGCGGCGACCUCGACCAGACCCAAAGCCACACCAAGUUGGCGCUCUUAUCUGCUGUCUACAGCUGUGCACUUGUGUCAGAGAAGAUGGCCGUUCACGAGCACUUGAUCUGCUUCACAUGGUACAGUUGUGUCUGCCGGCCAGUCUGGCCAGUCGCACACUCGGUGGUACCAAACGUCAUCGGAUGGCCCCGCAAAAAGGGCCCUUCUGCGGGCUCACUUGCUCCGCGGCUCGGACGAGCCAACAAUUGUUUGACCCUUCUUUGCUCCACUCAUUGGCUCAAGAGGGCUCGACUCCGAGACGAUCCGGUCACCAGUUUUUGA